CUACCACAUUUGUUUUAUCGCCUCAAAGCAUGGCUGUGUACUCUAUCAUUUUGAUACAAGUAUCAUCAUAGUGAAUUUUUUCUAUUUAGUUUUUCUACAUAAGAAUAGCAAAAUGCUUACAGGAUGGAGACUUGCCUUAUCAAAAUUAUUCAUCAUACCUCAGCGGUAUGUGUUGGCUAUACUGGCACUGCUGGCUGUGGCCAAUGCGUACACAAUGCGUGUCUGCCUGAACCUCGCCAUCACUCAGAUGGUGAAGCGGACGGUUGCAGUGGAAGGUGACGCUCACUAUGACCCGGACGCCUGUCCGGACAUGAACGUGGUCACCAAUAGUAGCGCUAGUUAUCUUCAGAGCUAUCUCAGGAUGGACGAUGUGGUUGUUUUCGAAUGGAGUGAAGCAACACAAGGGUUGCUUCUCAGCUCAUUCUACUACGGUUACAUCCUGACUCAUAUCCCUGGAGGUAUGCUGGCUGAGAGAUACGGUGGCAAAUGGGUGCUCGGUCUCGGUUUACUAUCGACUUCGAUAUGCACAUUCAUCACCCCAAUCACUGUAAAAAUGGGAGGAGCGACUGCACUCUUUAUCCUUAGAGUCAUUGAAGGAUUAGGUGAGGGUCCUACGAUGCCCGGAUUAAUGGUGAUGCUAUCAAGAUGGUCGCCGAAGGAGGAAAGAGGCCGUAUGGGUGCCAUUGUUUUCGGAGGCGCGCAAAUUGGUAACAUCGCUGGAUCCUACUUCUCCGGUCUGAUUAUGCACAACGGUAUUUGGGAUAAUGUGUUCUACAUGUUCGGUGGAUUGGGUCUCAUUUGGUUUAUCUUGUGGAGUAUAUUCUGCUACAGUACGCCAAAUACACACCCGUACAUCUCAGACAAGGAGAAGAAAUUCUUGAAUGAAAAUGUGACAUCGUUGAUACACAGCCAGAAGGCAGACUUGGAUCCCGUCCCGUGGAAGGCGCUUGUGAGAUCAGUUCCUCUCUGGUCUUUAAUCAUUGCGGCUAUUGGUCAUGAUUGGGGAUAUUUCACGAUGGUUACAGAUCUGCCUAAAUACAUGACAGAUGUUCUUAAAUUUAACAUCAAAUCUGCUGGUCUUUUAUCUGCCCUGCCUUACGUAGCGAUGUGGAUCGCUUCAUUCUUCUUCGGUCUUCUUUGCGACUUCUGCAUCAAGAAAGGAUAUCAUAGCCUCAAGAAUGCUCGGAAGAUUUAUACUACCAUAGCCGCCACUGGCCCCGGUAUUUGCAUCAUCCUCGCUUCAUACUCUGGCUGUGACACCACUCUGGCUGUGUUUUGGUUCAUUUUUGCGAUGACACUCAUGGGAGCAUACUACAGUGGUAUGAAGAUCAACGCCCUUGAUAUUACGCCCAACUAUGCUGGUACCACUACCGCUUUAGUAAACGGUAUUGCAGCCGUCUCCGGAAUUAUAUCUCCCUAUUUGAUUGGACUUCUUACACCAAAUUCUACCCUAAAGCAAUGGCGUGUAGCAUUCUGGGUUUGCUUAGUCGUGUUGGUUGUCACCAACAUCGUCUACCUAAUAUUCGCCGAAGGAGAUCAGCUCUGGUGGGACGAUGUUAAGAAGCAUGGCUAUCCUGCAGGAUGGAAGCACGGUCCGUUGCCGACUAAAUCGAAAGACGCAGAGGAAUCAAAAGAAAGUGAAACUACGGAGAAAAAGUGAUAUAUAUUUUUUAAGUCUAGUGAAUAAUAUGUGUAUAAGU